AUGAGGCCCAUCCUGCUGACAGCUGCCCUCCUGGCAGUUGCCAACGCCAAUCCAGCUCCUAGUCUUACCUUCAAGGCCCUGACCGGCCGUGACGUCGAGGCCAAGCCGAACGAGGCUGAGCAGCCUCCUCAGGGUGUCCCCUUCGCCGCCGGCGCUGAGAACCAGACUGGCGAGCAGGAGGGGUCAUGCCCCUUUGCCGCCGAGGGUGAGGCAGGCGAUGGCGUCAGGCCGGGCUGCGACCCCAACGGCCGGCAAUACAUCCCCAUCCCCUUCCUCGACAUCAACCCCAGCGGCAAGAGGUGCAGUGACAAGGAGUACUGCAAGCCCAAGCGUCGUUGCGGCGAGCACGACCACGAGUGCCGCCGUGACUGUGAGUGCAAGAAGAAGGACCACGAGUACUUCGUCCACCACUAUCACCAUCACCACCACGACCACGGCGAGCACCGCCACAGGCACGAUCACGGUGAGCACCGUCACGUCCAUGACCACGGCGAGCACCACCAUCGCCACCACUACGACGACCGGCUUCUGGACGACCCCAACCGGUUCCUGAGCCGCGGCGACGAGUGCGACCGGCGCUACAUCGUCCUCAAGGGCGACACCUGCUGGGACAUCGCCAACCGGCACCAGCUCGGCCUCGACGCCCUGCGCACCUUCAACCCCUUCCUCGACCCGGAGUGCCACAUCUACCCUGGCCAGACGCUGUGCCUGUCGGAGCGCCGCCUCGUGCCCGUCCCCGAGGCCGAGCGCGCCGCCCUGGCCGGCGAGGGCCGCCUCGGCCGCACGGAGGAGGAGCGCCGCCGCGAGCGGGACGAGGAGCUCCGCCGCCUCCGCGACGAGGAGGGCGACAGGGACUCUGGCCGUCGCCGCGGCGGCGGCCGUGACCGUGGCGGCGAGCGCGGCCGUGACCGUGACCGCGACUUCCGCGGCUUCGGCGAGGGAGAGGGCGAGGGCCGCAACCGCGACCGGGACCGCGAUGACUUCCUGCGCCGCUUCAACGAGCUCAGCGGCAAUGACGGCAUCGGCGAGGAGCGGGGCCGCGAGCGCCAGGGCCUGCGCGACGAGUUCCUCCGCCGCUACUUUGGCGAGGAGGGCGAGCGUGGCGGCCGUGAUGGCCGUGACGGCCGUGACGGCGGCCGUGGCGGUCGCGACGGCGGCGAGGACGAGCGCCGCGGCCGCGAGGAGCUCAUCCGCCGCCUGCGCGAGCACUUUGGCCGCGGCGGCCGCGAUGGCGAGGGCCGUGAGGACCGCAACCGGGGCCGCGAGGACUUCCUGCGCGAGCUGGAGCGCUACCGCGGGGACGGCGGCGAGGAGCGCUGCCCCGAGCACCACGAGUGCCGCCGCUGCCCCGACGGCGAGGAGUGCCGCUUUCGCCACAAUGGUAACCCUUGCCGCGAUGGCCACCAGUGCCGCCGCCGUGGCGUGGAGCGCCGUACCGUGGUAAAGCGCGAGGAGGAGGAGAAGCCCCAGGGCCCGCAUGGCAACGGCGGCUUCAAGCCGGGCCACGGCCCCGGCAAGGGCGAGAGGAUCAAGGUCAUCAUCCCGCUCAGCCCGAACGGCGAGUUCGCGCCCCCGGAGAGGCAGGGAGGCGCCGGCAACCCGACCGGCAUCCGGGCCGACGCCGACCUCGAGGGCUGGAAGGCCAAGGUGCAGGAGAUGCUGGGCAAGAAGUGCCCAUUUAGCGCCGGUGACGAGGAGCAGGAGUGCCACGCCACCUCGUGCCUCCGCUGCGAGAAGUUCUACGAGGUCCGCCGCGGCGACACGGCCUCGCGCAUCUGGCGCCGCUUCGGCAUCUCGGGCGAGGAGCUGCGCGAGCUGAACCCCUGGCUCAACGACGACUUUGACCUCUACCCGGGCGAGAAGCUGUGCGUGCGCGGCUGCGGCAUCGGCGGCGGCGAGGGCGGCGAGUGCCCCUACAAGCAGAGGUGCAAGCUCCUCCGGGACCACGAGGGCCGCGAGGUCGACGACCCGCGCUGCCCGCUCAACGGCCACACCUGCCAGGAGAUCACCGGCGGCGAGGACAGGGAGGACGACGGCGGGCCCAGGAUCGACUUUGACCUGCUCGGCGGCGUCAGCGACGGCGAGUGCGCCGGCGCCCCCGGCGAGGAGCCGCGCCCCGGGUGCCCCUUCGGCAACGGCAACGGCUCCGGGCGUCCCCGCGUCCACCAUGUGCACCACCGCGGCAAGCGCGCCGAGGGCGAGAGCGACGUCGACUCUGCCGAGGCUACUGCUGCUGCCGAGGACGACAAGCAAGUCGAGGAGACCGACGCCGAGGACGCCGAUGACUUCGAGGCCGAUGUCGCCGAGGAGGGCGAGGACGACGAAGACUACGGCCCGCCCGUGACCUCGAGCGGCGGCCCCCCUCCGGCUGACGACGACGACGACGACUCGGAGGAGAAGGAGGGUAAGAAGAAGGAUAUCACCCCCAGGCCUUUCUUCCCUCUGCCCAGCGGGCCCUUCGGCCACGAGCACGGCUACGGCCAGGAGGACAACGCCACGGCCACGUCCACCGAGUCGGCCAAGCCUGCCGUCGUCACCGGCGGUGCUAGCCGGGCCGCUCUCACGACGGCGCUGGGCGUGGUCUUUGCUAGCACUGCCUUUGCGAUGCUGUUCGCCUAA